AUGCCAAACUGGUUGUUCAACCUAAGUUCCCUCACAGACCUUGAUCUGUCCUCAAAUUAUGGCAUCAGAGGUCAAUUAUCCAGGAAUCUUGGAAACCUUUGCAAAUUGAGAGCACUAAAUCUCAAUAGUAAUAACAUUUUUGGUACACUAACGGAAGUCAUUGAUGGCUUAUCCGAGUGCACCAAUAGUAGCAUGGAGACAUUGGACUUGACCUUCAAUCAAUUAAGUGGAAAUAUUCCCAAUUCACUGGGCUUCCUCAAGAACCUGCGAAGUCUUCGACUUCGAAAUAACUCAUUCACAGGUUCAAUUCCAGACACAAUUGGAAACUUAUCAUCCUUGGAGCAACUAUAUCUCUCAUACAACCAAAUGAGUGGGGCCAUUCCUGAGAGCCUGGGAAAACUCGUGUCCUUAGUUUAUUUGGACCUGCAUGAGAACUCAUGGGAAGGAGUCAUAACAGAAGCCCAUCUGGUCAACAUGUCCAGAUUAACGGAGAUAUCAAUUGGUAAACUUUCAGAAAAUAUUUCCGUGGUGUUUAACAUUAGUCCUGACUGGAUACCACCUUUCAAGCUCAAAUUUGUCCAAAUUCAGUCAUGCCAACUCGGCCCAAAAUUCCCAACUUGGUUGAAAAAUCAAGAUCAGCUGAAAAAUCUAAUAAUUAACUUUGCAAGGAUUUCAGAUUCGAUUCCAGAAUGGUUCCUACGGCUGGGAUUGCACUUGGAUGAACUUGAUCUAGCAUACAACAACUUAAGCGGGAUGCCACCAAAUUCAUUGCAAUUCAACCUCGGAUCAAAUGUGGACUUGAGUUCCAACAGCUUCAAGGGGCCCCUCCCACUCUGGUCAUCUAACCUGACUACUCUAUAUUUAAGGAAUAACUCUUUCUCUGGACCAAUUCCACGAGAUAUUGGUAUGGUGCUCCCACUUCUGACAGACCUUGAUAUCUCCAGGAACUCACUAACUGGUGGCAUUCCCUUGUCAAUAGGUAACAUGACAAGUUUGACAACCUUAGUCAUCUCAAAUAAUAGGUUGUCUGGUGACAUCCCAGACUUUUGGUCUAAUAUUCCAGAUCUUUACAUUUUGGACAUGUCAAACAACAGCUUGACUGGUAGAAUACCAACAUCCAUAGGCUCUCUUAGCUUCGUCAAGUUUUUGAUACUUUCAGGGAACAAUCUUUCAGGAAAACUACCUUCCAGCUUGAGAAAUUGCACUUCUACUUUCAGUCUUGAUCUUGGUGACAAUCAAUUAUCAGGACGCCUUCCAGCCUGGAUUGGGAAAGACAUGCCGUCCCUUUUGAUUCUUCGGUUGAGGAAUAAUUCCUUGACAGGAAACAUUCCCUCUAGCAUUUGUGCCUUAUCUUCUCUUCACAUCCUAGACCUUUCUGAAAACAGCCUGUCUGGGAUCAUUCCUACCUGUUUGGGAAAUUUGAGUGGCUUCAAAGCUGGGUUAAAAACUGAAGAUACGGAGCCAUAUGAAGGGCGCUUGCAGGUGGUUGCCAAAGGAAGAGUUCUCGUGUAUCAAUCCACACUUUACCUAGUAAACAGCAUAGAUCUCUCAAGCAACAAAUUCAGAGGCAACAUUCCUGCUGAACUCACAAGCCUGUUUAGAUUGGGGACGUUGAACUUGUCAAUGAAUGGCUUAACUGGGCCAAUCCCAGAAACCAUUGGGAGAUUGGAAAGGAUUGAAACUCUUGACUUGUCAAUGAACAAACUCACAGGGCGUAUUCCACAAAGCAUGGCUGCUUUAACUUUCUUGAAUCACUUGAAUUUGUCACACAACAAUUUGUCAGGUCGAAUUCCGACAGGUAAUCAGUUUCAGACCCUCACUGAUCCAUCAAUCUACGAGGGUAACAUUGCACUUUGCGGAGAUCCACUACCAACCAAGUGCGAGAACAGUGGAACCAAACCUUACCCUGGUGGCAAUGUUGACGAGGAUGAGAAUGAAGAAGAUGAUCUUGAAAAGUUGUGGUUCUUUCUUGUUGUGGGGCUGGGAUACUUUCUUGGCUUCUGGGGUGUUUGUGCUGUUUGA